CCUUACUAUUUUAUCAGUUCCAUCAUGGCUGGGUUGGUAAGGACAGUAGGACGAAGAUUCUUCAGCGCAAAGGCUACUACCGGCCUGACUGGCAUGGCAGUUGCCAAGGAUCCUCACUUGGCUUUACGUGUCCUGUACACCAAGACCUUAGCUGCCCUGGAGAAACUGCCAAAGGAUGCAGCCUACAGACAACAUACUGAGGGCAUCAUCAAUGACAGAUUCGAUCUGGUCAAAACGGUUCCUGAUGUUGCUGAAUUAGAAAGGAAAAUCAACUGUGGUCAGAUUGAGCAGGUCAUCAUACAGGCUGAAGCAGAGCUGUCACUAGCUAGAAAGAUGGCGGACUGGAAAGCGUGGGAACCGCUGGUGUCAGAAGCGCCCGAGGGCCAGUGGAAAUGGCCCUGAAACAGCCCAUAAUAGUCUCUAACUGUCUCAGGCAACAGUACACAACAAGUAUACUACAUGUGUAAAGACUUCAACAGAUUGAUCAAUUUACCACUUUCAUGUUAAAAAAAAGUAGAAGAUUGUUAACAAAUGUACUAAAAGGUAGAAUAUGUAAAUGUGGUCCAAGCAUGAUAGAAAAUGCUGGUGUUUAAAUGGUUAUCCUGUUUUGUCGUCUUAUUACAUUUUAACCCUCACCAUGCUGCCAAAUGGCUACCUUGGUAGGCUGAAGGUUAAUCAUCCUCUGACUGGACAUUUUCGAAUUCUCUCUGACUGUCAUAUUCAGAAGUGAAAAUUAUGGUUUUCUCUGAAUGUUCAUCAUAAAAUACCUAUAUUACCAUGUAAACUCAUGAAAUAUUAUGAAUAAAUGUUUAUCAAUGCCA